ACCGAGAAAGUAACUGUCGUUAAAGCCACCAGCUCAAACCUCCUAUAAAUACUUCUCUCCAAACUUCAUCAGCUUUUCCAUGCUUCGCGCUCUGGUCACACUACUUUUUCAAACCAAAGCUUCUUCUUGACUCGGAGCUUUCUUGAAUUGUUCUUUUAAUGAUGCCUAGCGUCAGCUCUGAUCCGUCCGAUAAGGAUUCGGAGCCCUUCGUUGAGAUCGAUCCCACCGGACGGUAUGGCCGUUAUAAUGAACUACUGGGCUGCGGCGCAGUGAAAAGAGUUUACCGGGCAUUUGAUCAAGAAGAAGGAAUAGAGGUUGCAUGGAACCAAGUCAAAUUAAGAAACUUCUCUAAUGAUCCAACCGUGAUCGAAAGGCUUUACUCAGAGGUUCGAUUGUUAAGAAGCUUAAAGAACAAGAACAUUAUUUCUCUGUACCAUGUGUGGCGUGACGAAGAUCAUAAUAAUUUGAAUUUCAUAACUGAAGUUUGUACUUCUGGUAAUUUGAGGGAAUAUAGGAAGAAACACAGGCAUGUUUCAAAGAAGGCACUCAAGAAAUGGUCCAAACAAAUCUUGAAGGCCUUGAAUUAUUUGCAUACGCAUGAGCCUUGCAUCAUUCAUAGAGAUCUCAAUUGCAGCAACUUGCUUGUCAAUGGGAAUAUCGGCCAGGUUAAGAUUGGUGAUCUAGGUUUGGCUGCUAUAGUGGGGAAAAGCCAUUCAGCACAUUCAAUACUUGGGACACCAGAAUUCAUGGCACCAGAGCUGUAUGAGGAGAAUUACACAGAAAUGGUGGACAUAUAUUCCUUUGGUAUGUGUGUGUUAGAGAUGGUGACAUUGGAAAUUCCAUAUAGUGAGUGUGACAACGUUGCAAGAAUAUACAAGAAAGUUUCCUCUGGAGUUAGGCCUAAGGCUUUAAGCAAGGUUAGGGACCCUGAAGUUAGGGGAUUCAUUGAGAAAUGCAUUGCUCAGCCUAGAGCAAGGCCUUCUGCUGCAGAUCUCCUCAAAGAUCCAUUCUUUGAUGGAAUUGAUGAUGACGACGAAAAUGAUGAUACUUCUUGUUCAUGAUACAUACUAAGUAAUAAUAUUGAUGGUUGUGUUUUGUUAAUGAUAACAAUAUUUAGGAGUGUAUGGCUCAAUUAGCCUAUAGAUGUUAUUCUUGUCCCUUUUUCUUUUUCCCCAAUUCUUUCCUUUUCUUGUUUUUUAUUUCUGAUGGUUGGAAGCACAUGGAGAGGAUAAAUUGUGCUUUCAAAUUUCUUUCCUUUUUCUUUUGUGUCCUUUGAAAAGAGAAAUUGGGUAAAGAUUAAAUCUGAACAGAGAAGGAUAUGAGGUAGCCAUCAUUUAGGGAUGGAUGGUAUUGUUUUGUACAAAGUUUGAAUCAUGUAAACUAGAAGAAUCAUGAGAUAAGCUUGUGGGUAUUUUAUUGAUGAACACAAGGAAAUUUCAAAUAUGUUGUUUGCUA